AAUACUUCUUAUUUUGUACUGUUUCAUUAUUGUUUUGUAUGGUUUAUUGUUGCAGACAACCGGAUUAACUGGCUUGUUCGUUGACGAAUAUGCACACCAAAAUUUGUUGAAAGAAUAUGGACGGUUAAUGAAAGUAUUGGAGCAGAUACCUUCACAUUCGGCAUACCGGAGACAUACGGAACAGCUUAUAAAAAAGAGGAUGGCUUUAGUGCAGGAAGAACCAGAUAUUCAGAAGCUAGAAGACAAAAUUGGUAUGGGACAGAUUGAAGAAGUUAUCCAACAGGCAAAGUAUGAAAUAUUAGCAGCAAAGGAAAUCUUGAAAAGUCAAGCCUGGGAACCUUUAGUAGAGAAGGCUCCCGAAGGUCAAUGGAACUGGCCCAUCGUAUAA